CCGGCCCAGGCCCGCCCCAGCACGCGGCGCCCACGCUGGUCUCCACGGCGCAGAACAUAAUGGCGGAGCUGGACCUCGUCGGAGAAGAAUACCCAACAGAGAUUCAUGAUUACCUUUUGGCCUUUGAAAAAUCUGUUGGUUCUGUAGAUGAGAUGUUGAAGACGAUGAUGUCUGUGUCUAGGAGUGAACUUCUCCAGAAGCUGGAUCCUCUUGAACAAGCGAAAUUAGAUUUAGUCUCUGCUUACACUUUGAAUUCAAUGUUCUGGGUGUAUCUUGCCACUCAAGGAAUUAAUCCAAAGGAGCACCCAGUAAAACAAGAACUGGAGAGAAUAAGAACAUAUAUGAACAGAGUGAAAGAGAUAGCAGACAAGAAAAAAGCGGCCAGGCUGGAUAAGGGAGCUGCUUCAAGAUUUCUACGAAAUGCACUCUAUGAACCGAAACCUCAGAGCAAGUCUGCAAAGAGAACUUCUGUUCCAGCCAAAAAGAAGAAAACCCACUAGGAAUGUUCUGUUUUGUGGUAACUGAUAUAGAGACAAGUAAUAUUUUUAAUGGAGUUUUCAUAUGUUUUAAUGUACAGUAAAAUUACAUUUUGGUUGAAUAAGCUUAUAACAAAUAACUUCUUGGUAUUACAUAAUCCCCUCCCGUAUCCUGAUGCUUAUUUUGACUUCCAUAGGAACCAUAGAUCUUUUUUAAAAAAUAGCCUUGAUUCCCAGAAAGUAGCUUCCUUAAAAAAUUAAAGUUUUCGUUAUCUAACGAAGAGAAAUAACAGCAGUCAGGAUCUCCCAAAUCAUCCAUACCUGUUCUUAAUGCAAUUUCUGAAGGAAAAUAGACCUAUAUUCUACCUAAGAUUCCAUAAAUUGGAUUGCAGAUGGCUAAUAUCGCCAUCUUGGUACAACAUGACCUGGUACCCGGAUAUGAUCCAGCUUAAAAGGAAGGGUAGCAGUACAGGCCGUUUGCAGAUUGCCAGUGCAGCGAGCGGCUUCCAACGGUGUCAUGCCGCAAACCCAAAUAGCACUAUCAUAGCUCCACUGAAUUUGUCCGUUGCACAAAUGCUUUCCCAGUGCGCUUGCACAACCAGUUGUGCAACAACUGAAGUUAUGUUUGUGCAAGUAGUUCUGCAUUAUGCUUGUGCGACCCCUUGUGCUCCCAAGUUGUGCAACCCGUUGCGCGUCACUCUUUUGCAACCUGUUGUGCAAUCAAUUACACAAGAGUUACGCACAAUGGGUUAAAGAGUGGGUUGUGCAAGCAUAGUUCACAGCCCCUUGUGCAAACAUAACUUUAGUUGGAUUCUUCUCUUGUGCCUCGUUCAGAACCUAGUUUCUGCUAGUGCAACAUCAUUUGCGCUAACAGAAUGGUGCAGUUGGAUACUGUCCAACGUUCCACCAUACCAGCUAGUUGGCAUCCACUAAUUGUGUUAUUCAGGAGAAAACAGCUUAGUUUCAGAAAUGUAUAAAUAGCUACAUUUGUUAAGUAUCUUCUUAAAUGGAUUAACCCUAGUAAGGCUGUUUUAUUAAAGUUCCAGCUUUGCUGGUGCUCUAGUUCAGCCUUCCCCAGUCUGGUGCCUUGCAAAUGUGUUGGGAAGAUUGCUCUAGCGGAACUGGCCGACGUUCUCCUCAAGGACUGUUAAUGGUACCCGUUCCUUUCAUGUACGUGCCGAUUAAAGCAUCCACUACCAUGUAAUGAACCAGGUUGCCUAGGACAGUUUCUCAGAAUGUCCGAAACACAGCCGCCCACUGGUGAUUUUCAUCCCUGCUAACGUCUGAUGAAUGGUUGUCCUUCCUAACAGAUGACACGGUGAUGGAGUACUGUAUGGAACAUAUACUGUUUAAUAGAUGUUUUGACUUCCUUUAACAAAGUGUGUUGUAAAUCUUAGGUCACGUUUUCUACUGCCGACUUUCAGUAAAAGCCAACUUUCAAACUGACA